AUCGAAUGAUGAAGAAAAAGGCUUUCAUUUUUCAUCUUCAUUUGUUCAACCGACGCGACUCAUUGAGCGGGCUCGAGGAGGAGGCCGAUCCCGCUCGGUGGUUAUAAAUUUUUGAAUCGGAUAACAUCUCCCUCGGUCACUGCUCCGGCACCACUCUGCUUCUCCCUCUCUCUCUCUCUCUCUCUCUUUCUUUGCGAACGAGCGUUCGCCGGCGGCGGUUGGGUGGCUGAGUGCGGAGGCGGAGUAGCAUGGGGAACUCUUCCAAGGACGGCUCCGGAGGUGGCUCCGGCGGGGACAAUUCGAGCGGGCGCGACCCUCCCACCCGCACCUUCUCCGAGGGCGAGAAGGUCCUCGCCUACCACGGCCCUCGCAUCUAUGAGGCCAAGGUUCAAAAGACUGAGGUUCGCAAGAAUGAAUGGAGAUAUUUUGUUCACUACCUUGGCUGGAACAAAAAUUGGGAUGAAUGGGUAGGUGCAGAUCGUCUAUUGAAAUAUACAGAAGAGAAUAUCAUGAAGCAGCAAGCCCUUGAGAAGAAGCAGGGUAUAGAUAGGAAUCCAAAAUCUGGACGUUUGACUCAACAUAAGCCUAAAAUUUCUGCUGAUGCUAAGGUGGAUAAAGAGGACCUCAAGAGCAUUGCCACCAAAGGGAAGAAGCGAAAGAAUGAUGCGGUUACAGAGAAGGACAAUGUUGUAGCGGAGAAGCUCGUCAAGAUUCAAAUUCCGUCAACACUAAAGAAGCAAUUAGUUGAUGAUUGGGAAUUUAUCACUCAGCGGGAUAAGCUGGUUAAACUUCCUCGUUCUCCAACUGUUGAUGAUAUCUUAACAAGUUAUCUCGAGCACAAAUCCAAGAAAGAUGCAACAGUAACUGAUUCGGUCGGUGAGGUCUUAAAAGGAUUAAGAUGUUACUUCGACAAAGCCUUGCCAGCAAUGCUCUUGUACAGAAAGGAGAGACAACAAUACAAAGAAGCAGUUGCAGCUACAGUGUCUCCCUCAACCAUCUAUGGGGCUGAACAUCUACUGCGACUUUUUGUGAAGUUGCCGGAGUUAUUGGUUCAAGUAAACAUCGAAGAAGAAACAUUAACCCGCUUGCAGCAGAAACUGGUUGAUUUCCUCAAGUUUCUGCAGAAGAACCAGAGUACAUUCUUCCUCUCCGCGUACGAGGGAUUCAAAGCUUCAGAAGGUAAAGGCAAGAGGAAAGAAGAUCGAGACUAAACCCUUGUCGAGGCAGAACAUCAGGCAUAUAUUUCGUUGGUUGCAAUUCCGUUGCGGUGUGGGUCGUUACAUUCUCGGACAAGAGAAAGACAUGCUGCUGUUGUAACAUUAGCCAUAGUUAUUCAUUCUUUUCGGGGGCGAAUUGAGAAGAGGGGUGAAAUAGAAGUGUUACUGAUUCAAUUAGUACAGGAUGUACAAUGAUAGUUUGCAUUCUAGAACUUAGGCAGACAAUUCCCGCUUAUUUUCCAUUUCCACAUUGAUUACUUUCAAUCUCAUAUUUUGGGUUUGAGGGUUUUUUUUUUUU